CAAUAUUUUAUUUUUAUUAGAAUAUAUAUUAGUAGUAUAUUCCGUUAUUCAGAGUUACGUCACGUCACGUCACUGGUGAUCGCGUAUUAAAAUUACCCGUUGCACAUGAAACCUGGCAACUCUACCAUCAGCUGUUCGGCGUUUAAAUUGAUAAGACUUCCUAUAUUUUCGGUUGAGUGUUGAGUGUUGGGCAGAAGAUAAGAAGAAGGUCAAGAUCAUUUGCAUAUCUCAGAACGGAGCAUAAACAGGAAAAUGGAGGUUAAGGAGCUUGAAGUGAACAAAACCCUUCCCUAUGACCCCUCCCUGCUCGCGGUUAACAUUUCAUUGCGUCAGAUUGAGGAGAUUGCCAUGACGGUGUCUCAACGCUGCCAUGUAAGUGGCGUAAAUGAAAUUGCCUGGGCCUUGAGGGCCCUGAUGCUGACAGAUUUGACCACGCUAGCGGGUGAUGAUACUGCUGCCAACGUGCGAAGGCUGUGCCUGCGUGCCUGUUAUCCAUUCGAGCCACAAUUCUUUGACAAAUUCUUCGAACGGGCUCUGCUCUCUGAGAUUCAUACUGCCGCCGUCUGUGUUUACCCUGCUAGAGUGAAGGAUGCCUAUCAGGCACUGCAGCAGUACGACAAGCUGGACAAGGUGGCCAUUGCAGCUGUAGCUACUGGCUUCCCCACUGGCCAAUACGGAUUGCAGACGCGCCUGCAAGAGAUUAGUCAUGCUAUUCUGUCUGGCGCAACCGAAAUUGAUAUCGUGAUCAACCGGCAGCUGGCUCUGGUCGGCGACUGGGAGGGUCUCUACAAUGAGGUGGUGCUGAUGCGCAGUGCCUGUGGCCAGCGCGCACACUUGAAGACUAUUCUGGCCAUCGGAGAGCUCGGAACAAUGGAGAAUGUUUACAAAGCGGCUAUGGUUUGCAUGCUGGCUGGAGCAGACUUUAUAAAAACAUCCACUGGAAAGGAGGCGGUGAAUGCUACGCUGCCUGUCGGCUUGGUUAUGAUAUUCGCCAUACAGGAGUUCAAGCGUCGCACUUGCCAGAUUGUCGGUCUGAAGCCCGCUGGCGGAGUCCGAACUGUGCGUGAUGCCAUUGCCUGGAUGACGCUGGUGAACGAGACUCUUGGGAUGCGCUGGCUGCGUCCCGAACGUUUCCGUUUCGGAGCAUCAGGACUGCUGGAUGACAUUGAGAAGGUAGUGCGCGAAGGCGUGGCCAAGCUAGAGGCACAGGAGGCUGAAAAGUCCAAGCAGGCCGAGCCGAUUGUGGAGCAAGAUGUCCUGGAAACCCUAUGCAAAGAUCUCCGCAAGACAAAGGAGGAGAAGUAGGCAAACAGCAAAGCUUCGCUCUAGCCAUCCACACUUCCCGCAUGGAGUACUGCAUUUAUUACUGCAUUUUUAUAUCGUGACUAAAAUUUAAAAAAAAACACACAAUUUCUACGAGU